UCCACCUUCCUCCUCAGGAGACACCACCCGCCGCCGCCGCCUCCUCCAUUACCGAGAAGAAGAGAAACCUCUCUUCUACUGUUGGAUCCAACUACUACCUACCCGCACGCCGCAAUGUCGCUCGCCACCAGCUCCUCGAUGGCCGGUGGGGCGGCGGUGGUUCCACGCAGCGCGACGGCGACGACGGCCUCGGCGUUCGUCACGAUGAAGCGGCGCGCCACGGCCGUGCGCGCCGUACACGCGGCGGAGCCGUCGAAGAACCCGCCCGUCGGCGUCCCGUCCGCGGCGAAGACGUCGUCGCCGUCGGUGGCGGCGCCGGAGAAGGCCCCCGUGGCGGCCGCGCCCGCGCCUGUGGCUCCGGCUCCGGCGGCCACGAAGCAGGUGGCGCCGGCGAGGUGGGCGGUGGACAGCUGGAGGACGAAGAAGGCGCUGCAGCUGCCGGAGUACCCCAACGCGGCGGAGCUGGAGGCGGUGCUCAAGACGAUCGAGGCGUUCCCGCCGAUCGUGUUCGCCGGGGAGGCGAGGCACCUGGAGGAGCGCCUCGCCGACGCCGCCAUGGGCCGCGCCUUCCUCCUCCAGGGCGGCGACUGCGCCGAGAGCUUCAAGGAGUUCAACGGCAACAACAUCCGCGACACCUUCCGCGUCCUCCUCCAGAUGUCCGCCGUCCUCACCUUCGGCGGCCAAAUGCCCGUCAUCAAGGUUGGGAGAAUGGCGGGGCAAUUCGCGAAGCCGAGGUCGGAGGCGUUCGAGGAGAGGGACGGGGUGAAGCUGCCGAGCUACAGGGGCGACAACAUCAAUGGCGACGCGUUCAACGAGAAGAGCCGCAUCCCUGACCCGCAGAGGAUGGUCCGGGCCUAUGCGCAGUCCGCCGCCACGCUCAACCUCCUCCGCGCUUUCGCCACCGGAGGAUACGCCGCCAUGCAGCGCGUGACGCAGUGGAACCUCGAUUUCACCCAGCACAGCGAGCAGGGCGACAGGUACCGUGAAUUGGCACACAGGGUUGAUGAAGCCCUUGGCUUUAUGUCUGCUGCUGGGCUAACAGUGGACCACCCGUUGAUGACAAGUACUGAUUUCUGGACCUCACAUGAGUGCCUUCUCCUACCCUAUGAACAAUCUCUGACCCGUCAGGACUCCACAACUGGUCAUUUCUACGACUGCUCUGCCCACAUGCUAUGGGUGGGCGAACGCACUCGCCAGCUCGAUGGUGCUCAUGUUGAGUUCCUCAGGGGUGUGGCCAACCCUCUUGGCAUCAAGGUGAGUGACAAAAUGAACCCAACCGAGUUGGUGAAGCUGAUUGAGAUUUUGAACCCAUCAAACAAGCCUGGGAGAAUUACCAUCAUCACAAGGAUGGGGGCAGAGAACAUGAGGGUCAAGUUACCUCAUCUUAUCCGUGCGGUCCGCCACGCUGGACAAAUUGUCACAUGGAUUACUGAUCCAAUGCACGGGAACACCAUCAAGGCUCCUUGUGGUCUGAAGACACGCCCCUUUGACUCCAUUCUGGCCGAGGUACGAGCAUUCUUCGAUGUGCAUGAUCAAGAAGGAAGCCACCCAGGAGGUGUCCACCUCGAGAUGACUGGGCAGAACGUAACCGAGUGCAUCGGCGGAUCCCGAACCGUCACCUUCGAUGACCUGGGUGACCGCUACCACACCCACUGCGACCCGAGGCUGAACGCGUCCCAGUCGCUGGAGCUCUCCUUCAUCAUCGCCGAGAGGCUGAGGAGGAAGAGGAUCCGGUCGUCGAAGCUGAACAACAUGUUGCCGUUGCCACCCUUCGGUGUCUGAAUCUGAAAUGGGUAAGGGAAACCAGGGGAAGACGGAGGAAUGACGAACGGGGUAGAUAAGAUAGCUGCAGCAAGAACUCGACGACGCCUAUUCCAUUUGUUGGUGGGAUGCUCUUGGUGAAAUCCUAUAUUUUGCGAGCUUUUUUUUCUGUUGUAACUUUUCAGUUGGUAUAUAUAUGCUCUGUAAUAUCAUGCCAGGCUGAAAGGCUUUGACAUUUCGGUUUUUCUAUGUUUCUAUCAUGGAUAAGAGAAUAAAAUGCAAGAUAGAAGAAGGCUUUGUGAAUAAUUACUUGCAA